UAGAACCUCUGGAAAUCCUGAUGAUAAUAGUGCCCAUCACGUCUAAUUUGUUGUUUCUGUCCCCGAACUUUAAUGUAAAUAGUUAUGUGACGAAGAAGACGAUUACUCAGGGUAUGCUGGACGUGGCCCUCCUCAUGUCAAACGCCUCACAGCUCAAGGCACUGCUGGAGGUUGGCUCGUUCUACCGCUACUACACGUUCAUGAUGGUGCUGGUGAUCGCCUCGAUGAUGCUGCAGCUCGCCGUGGGAGUCCUACUGCUGUGGCUCUCCAUCACCAACAUCAACAAGGAGAAGUACCAGGCUCAGCUCGACCGCAUUAACGACGCCACGUCCGUUGGCAUCUUCUUCAUUACCAUCAUCAACAUCUUCAGCGGCGUGUUUGGCAUCGAGGCGACGAAGACGCACGCCCUCUAGCGGCGUGUGUCAGCAUUGCUGCGACGAAGACGCACGCCCUUUAGCGGCGUGUUCGGCAUUGCUGCGACGAAGACGCACGCCCUCUAGCGGCGUGUGUCGGCAUCGCUGCGACAAAGAUGCACGCCCUCUAGCGGCGUGUUUGGCAUUGCUGCGAC